UUAUUGAUGGGCAUAUGAAAGCCCAAACAAAGAAGCAAUGAAGCAAAGUGAAGGGCUCCAUACCAAAAUAACACAAAAACAUAAUGGAGCUUCGAUAAUUGAGAGACCGAAAGAAAGAGGUACUAGUAACCACCUCCACCAAACGCCACCACCGCGCCGCCCUCCCCGUUCUCUCCUUAUUCCGGUAGCGAUGGCGGCGACUGCCACGUGGCAGCCACAGGAGCAAGGGUUCAAGGAGAUCUGCGGCCUCCUCGAGCAGCAGAUUUCGCAUUCUUCUUCCGCUGACAAGGCUCAGAUUUGGCAGCACCUUCAGCACUACUCUCAGUUCCCCGACUUCAACAAUUACCUCGCCUUCAUCUUCUCUCGUGCUGAGGGAACAUCAGUGGAGGUUAGGCAAGCUGCGGGUCUUUAUCUGAAGAAUAACCUCAGAAGCACAUAUAAAUCGUUGCUACCUGCAUACCAACAGUAUGUGAAAUCCGAGUUGCUGCCGUGUCUUGGAGCAGCAGAUAGGCACAUAAGGUCCACUGCUGGAACUAUUAUUAGUGUUGUCGUUCAAUUAGGUGGAGUUUCAGGCUGGCCUGAAUUGUUGCAAGCCCUUGUAACUUGCUUGGACAGUAAUGAUUUGAGUCACAUGGAAGGUGCAAUGGAUGCAUUAUCCAAGAUCUGUGAGGAUAUUCCCCAAGUACUUGAUGCUGAAGUACCUGGGUUAGCAGAGCGCCCUAUUAACAUAUUUCUCCCCAGAUUAUUUCGGUUUUUCCAGUCACCUCAUGCUUCAUUAAGAAAGCUGUCAUUGGGUUCUGUAAAUCAAUACAUUAUGUUAAUGCCUACUGCCUUGUACGUAUCCAUGGACCAAUAUCUCCAAGGUUUAUUUAUCCUUUCAAAUGACCCUAAUUCUGAAGUGCGGAAAUUGGUUUGUGCAGCGUUUGUCCAGCUAAUUGAAGUUCGUCCAUCUUUCUUAGAGCCACAUUUAAGGAAUGUGAUUGAGUACAUGUUGCAAGUCAACAAGGACACAGAUGAUGAAGUCGCCCUUGAAGCCUGUGAAUUCUGGUCUGCAUAUUGUGACGCUCAACUGCCACCUGAAAAUUUACGAGAAUUCUUGCCUCGUUUAAUUCCGAUUUUGUUGUCAAACAUGGCUUAUGCAGAUGACGACGAAUCUCUUGUUGAAGCUGAGGAAGAAGGAUCUCAACCAGAUCGAGACCAGGAUCUUAAACCGCGAUUUCAUGUAUCAAGGUUUCAUGGAUCAGAUGAAAUCGAUGAUGAUGAUGAUGACGUUGUCAAUACAUGGAAUCUACGGAAAUGCAGUGCUGCCGCUCUAGAUAUUCUCUCAAAUGUGUUUGGAGAUGAGAUCCUUCCAACUUUGAUGCCUAUUGUUCAGGCCAAGUUGUCAACUGGUGGUGAUGAUGCUUGGAAAGAAAGGGAAGCUGCUGUCUUGGCUCUUGGGGCGAUAGGAGAGGGUUGCAUCAAUGGUCUUUAUCCUCAUUUGGCUGAGAUUGUGGCAUUUCUAAUCCCCCUUCUUGAUGAUAAGUUUCCUUUGAUACGAAGUAUUUCAUGCUGGACACUCUCUCGGUUUAGCAAAUUUAUUGUUCAGGGUAUUGGACACCCAAAAGGCUAUGACCAAUUUGAUAGUGUUCUUAUGGGUCUUCUUCGAAGAAUUUUGGAUGAUAAUAAGCGGGUGCAAGAGGCUGCUUGUUCAGCUUUUGCAACACUUGAAGAGGAGGCUGCAGAAGAGUUGGCACCACGAUUAGAAAUUAUAUUGAAGCACCUGAUGCUAGCGUUUGGGAAAUAUCAGAGACGAAAUCUCAGAAUUGUAUAUGAUGCCAUUGGAACUCUAGCUGAAGCUGUUGGUGGGGAGCUGAAUCAGCCUGUUUAUCUUGACAUUCUCAUGCCACCAUUAAUAGAGAAAUGGCAGCAACUUUCAAAUUCAGACAAAGAUCUCUUUCCUCUCUUGGAAUGCUUUACAUCUAUAGCACAUGCAUUGGGCACAGGAUUCUCUCAAUUUGCUGAACCAGUAUUUAAGAGGUGCAUAAAUAUAAUCCAGACCCAACAAUUUGCAAAGGCUGAUCCUGUUGCAGCUGGUGUUCAGUAUGACAAGGAGUUCAUUGUAUGCUCUCUUGAUCUGCUAUCAGGACUAGCAGAGGGUCUUGGCAGUGGAAUAGAGAGUCUGGUUUCACAAUGUUCCUUGAGGGACCUACUUCUGCAUUGCUGUGUGGAUGACGCUCCUGAUGUUCGACAAAGUGCCUUUGCAUUGCUUGGAGACCUUGCUCGAGUAUGCCCAAUUCAUUUGCACCCUCGUUUGUCUGAGUUUCUUGAGGCUGCAGCCAAGCAGCUGGAAAUUUCUAAGGUUAAAGAGGCUAUUUCAGUAGCAAAUAAUGCAUGCUGGGCUAUUGGAGAACUUGCAGUUAAGGUUCGUCAGGAAGUUUCUCCCAUUGUUUUAACUGUAAUUUCAUGCCUUGUCCCAAUUCUUCAGCAUGCAGAGGGACUCAACAAGUCACUCAUAGAAAACAGCGCAAUAACACUAGGGAGGCUUGCAUGGGUCUGUCCAGAACUUGUAUCUCCACAUAUGGAGCAUUUCAUGCAACCUUGGUGCACUGCUCUGUCAAUGAUACGGGAUGAUGUUGAGAAAGAAGACGCUUUUAGAGGUCUAUGUGCUAUGGUCAAAGCUAAUCCUUCUGGAGCUCUAAGUUCACUUGUGAAUAUGUGUACAGCCAUAGCAAGUUGGCAUGAAAUAAGGAGUGAAGAUUUACACAAUGAAGUCUGCCAGGUUUUGCAUGGAUAUAAACAGAUGCUGCGUAACGGAGCAUGGGACCAGUGUAUGUCUGCUUUGGAGCCCCCGAUAAAAGAAAAGCUUUCGAAAUAUCAAGUAUAAUUUACGUCUGCAUUGACAUUGUUGGUCGUGUGUUGUCGAGCUAUAUAUUGCUGUCAUGAAUCAUGUUAAGCAGGAGCUUAUUCUCAGUCCAAGUUUUCAGUCAGGGGUCUCAGUAUUUAUACAAUUCGUUUUGAGGUUUGAUGAUUAUUGCCGUUUCGAAGGCCUUGAAGACCUCAUUGGAUGGUGUUUCCCACGGGAAAUGUACAGGGGAUGACUUUCAACCUUUCGGAAAUGCUUGAUUCUUUGUUGUCUUUAUAGUUAAAAGCCUUAAUUAAAAAAGGCUAGGAUUUUUACUAGACCCUCGUGUUCGUCAUCACAGUUUUUCAAAUGUUUUAGUUUGAGUUAAUAGGUUUUCUUUUGUGCCUUUGUUACACAGUUUUGUACCACCAAAGAGAGGAGGGGGAUGGGGCUUAAGAGGAGAGGGUUGGGGGGUUAUUAUGUGAUCUGGCUACAGUAGUUUUCAACGUCUUUAGUUAUUACAUUUUUUGUAAUGUGUAACUCAAUUUGAAAAAGAUUUCAGCUGUGUUGCCUUAGGCAACUCAGCAUUUGAUUUUUGAUUUGAGACAAUAAAUAUCUGAACUUAUGUAUA